AUGGUCCAGGAAGUCGAGAACAACAACAACAACAACAACAACAAUGAUCACCUGGUGCAGUCUUCUGACCCAGAGCAUCCCGCCAACUUGAUUCCCGAGCUCUGCCGCAAAUUCUACAACUGGGGUUGGGUUACCGGUACUGGUGGUGGAGCUUCCAUCCGUCGCGAUGAACAUAUCUUCAUUGCGCCCUCUGGAGUGCAGAAGGAAUUGAUUCAACCCCACAACAUUUUCGUCCUGCAGUUCCCGACCCCCAAGUACCCGCCCUCCGACCGAAAGUACAUUCGCAAGCCCCUCGAACUCAAGCCCUCCGCAUGCACCCCACUGUUCCUCGCUGCCUUUGAGCGCGGUGCCGGCUGCUGUAUCCACACCCACUCCCAGUGGGCGGUCUUGGUGACACUUCUGGUCGAGCGCGAGAAGGGCCCCGACGGCUGCUUCGAGAUCAGCAACAUCGAGCAGAUCAAGGGUAUCCCCCGCGGCAAGGGUAAGGGCAUGAUGGGUUUCUUCGACACGCUCAAGAUCCCAAUCAUCGAGAACACUGCCUUCGAGGAGGAUCUCACCGGAAGCUUGGAGAAGGCGAUGGACCAGUACCCGGAUACCUAUGCUGUUCUGGUCCGCAGACACGGAAUUUAUGUGUGGGGUGACGAUGUGGCCAAAGCAAAGACCCAGUGUGAGAGUUUGGAUUACCUUUUCCAGCUUGCUGUUGAGAUGCACAAGCUUGGUAUCCCGUGGGUCAAAUAG